UCGCGAUACCACCGGAGCCCCUCCGCCCCGGAUCUACAGCAGGCAGAUGCCGCCUCUCUGAGGCACCUCUGUCCUCUCAUAAUGGGGUUCUCUCACAGCAGACCGGCACCUUUCACUCCGGAGACGAAAUCUUGGCAACCGAGGAAGGUAACCGAAGGGACAAUGUUAAGACAUGAACGUCGAUAAACACCGUUUCCAUGUUUGAAGCACAAAAGGAAAUUUAGCCUGAAUACCCACGUGUUAAAGGAACGGAAAUUGGCCGUGAGCUCUGCUUCCUGUAACACCUCCCGUGAUGUUUUCACAUGCAGUAGGUCUCUGUAGUGUUGAGCACAUGACUUUACCCUGAAUGACACACGAACGGCACACGUCUCAUCUCCAGCGCUAGGUGAGUUUGAGCAUGAAGCAAGGAGCAAGCUGAGUUAAACUGGAUGGAAGUGGUCGCAGAUCGAACCCCAAGACAAGGAGCCGUGCUGUCAAAGAUGUGGAGCUGUGGUGUCAAAGAGCUCAGGGGGGCUGCAGAGAUGAGACGAGCCCUUGGAAGUAGCCCCCGAGGGCCAGGGUAACACUGUGAUUUCCUACCUCGCUCAGAUAAACCACUCCCCGUGUGUGUUUGUGAAAGAGAAAUCACAGUAGCACCAGUUCCCAGUCAUGCGGCCCAUAAAUCAAGCUGAUGGGUGGCCAGGAGCCCCAGUGGGAGCUGGAAAAGGAGACGUGGGGACAGGGCUUGUCCUCUCAGAGCUGAGUGCCAGCACGCAGCAGGAGUUCCUGAGCCUUGUUUCACUGCCUUAUCUGGAUCACAAGUCACGUCUGAGCCAUGACAGUCUCUUACACUCUCGAAGUAGCAAAUGCCCGGUUUGCAGGCUUCUCCAAGCUGCUGUUCAGAUGGAAAGGUAGUAUCUACAAACUGCUUUACAAGGAGUUCAUCGCGUUUAGUGUGCUGUAUGCCACUCUGAGCCUCACAUACAGGCGCUUGCUGAACAGCGAUCAGAGGAAGAUGUUUGAAAAAGUAGCCAAGUACUGCAACCAACAAUCCAAUCUCAUCCCCAUGUCCUUUGUGCUCGGGUUCUACGUCAGUCUGGUGGUGAACCGCUGGUGGAGUCAGUACACCAGCAUCCCGCUGCCGGACCAGCUCAUGAUGGUGGUGUCCGCCAACGUUCACGGCGCGGACGAGAAGGGGCGCAUCUUGCGGCGGACGCUGAUGCGGUACGCCAACCUGUCCUCGGUGCUCAUCCUCCGCUCCGUCAGCACGCGUGUCCGCAAGCGAUUCCCCACCAUGGACCACGUCGUGGAAGCCGGCUUCAUGACGAGAGACGAGCAGAAGAAGCUGGAGAGCCUGUAUUCGGACUUCAACAAGUACUGGAUGCCCAUGGUGUGGUUCACGAACCUGGCUGCCCAGGCCCGCAGAGAGGGACGCGUCCGGGACGAUGUGGCGCUCAGGCUGCUCAUGGAUGAGCUGAAUAAAUACAGAGCUAAGUGCAGCAUGCUGUUUCACUAUGACUGGAUCAGUAUUCCACUUGUCUACACGCAGGUGGUCACCAUCGCUGUCUACUCCUUCUUCACCGUCACCCUGGUCGGUCGGCAGUUUCUGCAUCCUUCUGAGGACAGUGAGGAUGCUCUCGAUCUGUAUGUUCCUGUGUUCACCCUGCUGCAGUUCUUCUUCUAUGCUGGAUGGCUAAAGGUAGCCGAACAGAUCAUCAAUCCGUUCGGAGAGGACGACGAUGACUUUGAAACAAAUAAACUGAUUGAUAGAAACAUUCAGGUGUCUCUGCUGGCUGUCGAUGACAUGUAUCAGAACCUGCCCCCUGCGGAGAAGGACAAGUACUGGAACGAAGCCUCCACUGCCAUCCCCUACACCCUGGCCACUGCCGCCGAGACCCUCAAACCUUCAUUCCUGGGGUCCACCUUCGACAUGAGGAUGAGCGAGGACCCCGCGCAGCACCAGACCGUGGAGCCCAGCCCCCACACGCCGCGCACGCAGACGCCCAUGCUGAGCCGCUUCCUGGCCGUCGCCUCCCCGGCCAUCAGCCUCAAGAACUUCGGCCGUCGCGCCCUGCGUCUCCGCGGCGACAGCGUCAACUCCAACCCCUGGCAGGGGGAGGAGCGGGACUGCUCCGAGCGCAUCAACGAGGAGGACAGCGAGGACGAGGGUGAGGGCAGCCAGAGGUCCGCCGCCGGCCGCCGCCGCCGCCUGGAGGGCCCCAUCGCUGCACUGACCAUCAGCGUCGAACCGCCGGCCAACGAGAGUGGGCAAACGGACGCCUGAGAUAGGGCUGCUCCACGCCCUCCCCGUGUCGACUACUGCAGCACAGGCCCCACUCAGGAGGACAACCUUCCCUAAUGCCCCCCAACGUCUCAGGUUAAUUCCAGGCAGCGAGAUCCUCCCGCAACAGAACCGAACAGCUCACAGACCACCCCCGAAUUUACCGAAGGCUGAUCGGUAAUGUAAAUGAUGUCAAUAUGUGUAAUACACGAAUAAAUGUUUAUUCCAAUC